AUGUCUCUCCAAGUCGGCCCAAUCGACCUAAGUCGUGCCAAGGACCAUCUCUAUACCGAAACCAUCGAACCAAGGCUCUUUGACAUUUUAGCUGCCGUGCUAGAACCCAAUAGCCACACAACGCCUGCCGUAGCGGUAGGACAGAUUAACAAUCUGCUCUACGAUUCCCAGGACGGCAAUCUGCUCUACGAUGCCCAAGAUAGUAGGGUCAGCGUGACUGACGCUGAAGCCUCGGGCCUUGCUCAGCGUUUAUGGCUGGUAUUGAUUCAGGUUGUUCAGCUAAUCCCGCAUGACCAUGAGGGCCAGGAUAAAUUAGUCGAAUUAUUGCACUCUUUGACCCAGCUCCCGCCAAUAACUAGGAAGUUUUGGGGUACGCGGUAUUAUCUCUGGACCGACCUACCUCUUUUAGGACAAACCCUGAGAGACUGGUGGAUAGGGCCCGAUUAUGACAACGAUACCAUCCCCAAAGCAAGAGUAGCCUUUCAUUGGCUAAACUUCAACUCGUUCGCAGCACGUGUCCUUAACGCCGAUCUGGCCGGCUGGACUAACUUUGCCGAGUGGGAAGUCUGUCAGGCGCUCGAGCGGCCCCCACCGCUCCCCGAAAAAUGGGUAAUCGACUGCGAUAUUGCGGUAGCGGCGGAAUGGAUUUUGCGAGGCGGAGAGGGGCUGUUUAAGCGGUUGAGCAAGGAAGAGUUGGGUAAGGACAAAGAUGAAUUCAAAGAAGAGUUGAGUGAGAACAAAGCAGAGUUGAGUGAGCACAAAGCAAAGUUGAUUGAGAACAAAGCAGAGUUGGGUGAAAAUAAGGAGAAACUCGGUGAAGACGAAGAAAAGUUGAAUGAAUACAAGGCACGAUCGCUGAUUGCAUGGGUGCCAUAUAGCGGGAGGCCUGGGUUCAAUCGUGAGAGGUGGGCGUAUUGGAAGAAGAGGUUUGGGGAGAUUGCGGAAGAGGCUGACGGGAGUGUUUUGGAGUGGUCAGCCCAGGCAGCGGCGAAGAUGGGAGAGAUUGAUGGUCAGGGUUCUGGAAAGCUUUGA